AUGGCUUCGCCAUUGCUCCUAUGUUUCUACCUGUCCGGCAACGAGGAUGCUGGCCUCAUCGACCAGCUUGUCACCCAGUGCCUGCAAGGUAGCUUCCCAGCCUCCUAUGACAGGGUCCAAAGCAAAAGUGAUGAUGAAGAAAGUCUUUGCAAGUCAGCCAAUGGGGCAGGGAAAGGAGCCGCUGAAGAUGGCAAAGACCAUAAGCGUCCCAAACGUCCCAGAACCAUCUUGACAACCCAACAGAGGAGAGCAUUCAAGGCCUCAUUUGAAGUAUCCUCCAAGCCGUGCAGGAAGGUGAGGGAGACCCUGGCUGCAGAGACAGGGCUGAGUGUCCGUGUCGUCCAAGUGUGGUUCCAGAACCAGAGAGCUAAGAUGAAGAAGCUAGCCCGGAGGCAGCAGCAACAACAGGACCAGCAGAACACCCAGAGGCUGAGCUCCGCUCAGACAAAUGGCGGUGGGAAUGCUCCCAUGGAAGGGAUCAUGAACCCCUACACGGCUCUGCCCACCCCACAGCAGCUCCUGGCCAUCGAGCAGAGUGUCUACAGCUCAGACCCCUUCCGACAGGGCCUCACCCCACCCCAGAUGCCGGGAGACCACAUGCACCCGUAUGGUGCCGAGCCCCUCUUCCACGACCUGGAUAGUGACGACACCUCCCUCAGUAACCUGGGUGACUGUUUCCUAGCAACCUCAGAAGCCGGGCCCCUGCAGUCCCGGGUGGGAAACCCCAUCGACCACCUGUACUCCAUGCAGAAUUCUUACUUUACCUCUUGAGUCUUCCCCUCGAGUUCUGUGGCUGGGCUCCCACCGGAACAACCGUAUGACGUGAGGGGUCGGCCGACGUUAGGAUGGGGAGGCCAGGGGAGAGGUGGGUUGGGGAGGGAGUUUU